AAAAUUUUUUUAACUGUUUUCCAGUCAGCCUUUAGAACUUUCAAUUCUCUGAAAUGUUUCUUUGAUUGCAGUUCCUAAAGAUUUUUGUUGACGAUGUUUCUGCAACUCGGACAGAUUGGAAUUUCGGAGACUGGAGAGACGAACCCUCUGUGGAAGUUCCUCUUCUUGUUUUUUAUCUUUUGCGUUCUUCUCUAUUUUGGAUCCUGAAUUUAUGCAAAUUGGGAAGCAAUAGGCCUUUUGUGUGAUGGGUUUUUGAAGAUUAAUCCUAUCAUGGAGGAUGGUGCUGAUUUUCAAUCUGAUUCUAUGCUGGAGACUUUCUCGGGCACUGUACCGGAUUUUGAUCUCAUGGAUGAACUCUUGUUAGGUGGUUGCUGGUUGGAGACUGCUGACGGAUCCAAUUUCCUGCAACAACCAGGCCCUUCUACUUCUACUGCUGUCUUUGACUCUUCAUAUUUUCUGCCUGCUUCAGAGUUUAACAAUGGACGCUUGAAUCCAGUUUCGUCUGAAAAAGAUGAAGAAGAGACCAAAGCUUCCACUUUCCCUGAAAAUCCAUAUCCAACUGGACCUCCAACAGAAAGCCCAGUUGGAACUCAAUCUCUAAAACAGAGUACAGUCGAAAUUGCUGAAGGAUCUGGCCAAUUACUACGUUUUCCAGCUGAAGGAAGCGCUGAACUAGUUAGAAGGUGGAGGAUAGGGCCAAGGGUAAAUAUGGUUCCGUCUUCUUCUGUGAAAGAGAGAUUAAUUCAAGCUCUUGGAUACAUAAGAGAGUUCACAAAAGAUGAUAUUCUUAUUCAAGUAUGGGUUCCUACGAGGACAGGAGCAAGAAAUGUGCUUAGAACCAAUGACCAACCCUACUCUCUCCAGUCUAAUUAUUCGAAGCUUGCAAAUUACAGAAAUGUCUCCAUGAACUUCCAAUUCUCAGCUGAGGAGGGUUCAGAUGCGAUGGUUGGUCUGCCCAGCUGGGUUUUUAUGGGGAAAGUUCCUGAGUGGACUCCGGAUGUUCGAUUCUUACGCAGCGAUGAGUACCCACGAGUUACUCAUGCCUACCAAUAUGAUGUCCGAGGGACUCUUGGCCUUCCUAUUUUUGAACGAAAUAGUUCAACUUGUUUGGGUGUUGUUGAGGUUGUGAUGACAACGCAAAAGAUCCAUUAUCGCCCUGAGCUUGAAAGUGUCCGCAAAGCUCUUGAGGCUGUUGAUCUUAGGAGUUCUGAAGUUCCAAGUUCUUUCCAAGAACAGGUGCAUAACAAAUCCUACGAAGCUGUAUUACCUGAGAUUCGAGAGGUCCUAAGAACUGUUUGUGAGACACAUAGAUUACCCUUAGCUCAGACUUGGGUGCCAUGCAUCCAACAAGGCAAAGGAGGUUGCCGACACUCUGAUGAGAACUAUUCUGUUUGUGUUUCCACUGUGGAUUCAGCUUGCUUUGUGGCUGAUCAGAAUUUUUUGGGUUUUAAUGAGGCUUGCUCUGAGCAUCAUCUGUUUAGAGGUCAAGGUGUGGCAGGAAAAGCAUUCAGGACAAACCAACCGUGCUUCUCACCUGAUAUAACUACUUACAGUUUGACAGAAUACCCUCUCUUAGAUUAUGCAAGGAUGUUUCAACUACGGGCUGCUGUUGCAAUCCGCCUGCGCAGUAUCUACACUGGAGCUACUGAUUAUGUUUUGGAGUUUUUCUUACCUGUGGCUUGCCAAGAUCCUGGAGAACAAAAAAUGAUGCUUAAUUCCUUGUCCAUGGUUAUACAAAGGGUCUGCUGGAGCUUACGAGUUCUCACAGAUAAGGAGCUUCAAGAAGAAACUGUUCUCCAUCUUGGUGAAGUGGGUUCUUCAAAGGGGAAACUUGAUGCAGAAUUGCCAAAGUUGGGCUCUAACACUAAAGGGUCUCUUCAUGAAGAACCGUCCUGGAUUUCACAUUUCAUGGAGGCCCAACAGAAGGGAAAAACUGUUCCACUGGACAUUCAGAAAGAAAAGCCAACUGAAGAAUUCAAGGUAACAUCUCAUUGGGAUAACCUUGGCUUAGCAUUACAGGAAGGGAAAAUGUUGUCUAAGCAGCAUCAUCUUGAUUCUGGAUCCAAAGGUGGUGCUGAGUGUGCUGGAGAUUCUUCUUUUCGACGAGGUAACGUCUCAGGCACAGGAAAAACAGGAGAAAAGAGACGAACCAAGGCUGAGAAGACAAUCAGCUUGCAAGUUCUUCGUCAAUAUUUUGCAGGGAGCCUAAAGGAUGCUGCCAAGAGUAUUGGUGUGUGCCCCACUACCCUGAAAAGGAUAUGCAGGCAACAUGGGAUCACCCGGUGGCCAUCUCGGAAGAUCAAGAAGGUGGGACACUCUUUGAGAAAACUUCAGGUUGUCAUUGACUCGGUCCAAGGUGCAGAAGGUGCUUUUAAAAUUGGUUCCUUCUAUGCAAACUUCCCAGAUUUGACCUCUCCAAAUUUAACUGGAACCAGCCCAUUUUCCACGUUGACGACAACUGAUAAUCCAAAUCCAAUAAACACGCAACCCAAGCGUGUAGUCAACCCUCAACCUGCUACAUCAAAAUCCUUUUCCUCUUCAUGCAGUCGGACAUCCAGUUCAAACAUUUGUUGUUCCAGCCUUGGGACACCAAACCAGUCUCAACCUUCCCAUCUUAAUGGUAGUGAAGUGGCUUCAGUGGCCGAAAAGUCUGGUGUAUUGAACAGAACACGUAGUGAUGCCGAGUUGCACAUACAGAGCCAAGAACCGAGGGUUCCAGCAAGAUCAGAGAGUGAAAAAUCCCCUGGUGAGCAUCCUAAUCUUGAGAGUCUAGCCCCCUUGUCAAAGAAUGGUAGCCAUGUAUCACGAGAUUACAAUGCUUUUAGAGUGAAAGUCACAUAUGGGGAAGAGAAAAUCCGGUUCAGCAUGCAAUCCAAUUGGCGCUUCAAUGAUCUACAACAAGAGAUUGCGAGACGGCUUAACAUAGAUGAUAUGAACAGAAUUGAUCUCAAGUACUUGGAUGAUGACUCAGAAUGGGUUCUGUUAACAUGUGAUGCUGACCUGGAGGAGUGUGUAGACGUAUACAAAUCUUUUCAGAUCCGCACAAUCAAACUCUCUGUCCAUCAAAGUUAUUCGAAUUUGCGAACUUCACUGGGUACUGUAGUUCCAUCUUGACUGUUCAAUAAACCACCACCACCCUCUGACUCAUUUCAUAGAAGUUAGAGUUAUUGAUUUGGAAAAAGAACAACAAAAAGAAAAUGCAAAAUUCAUCCCAGAACCACAAUGGAUGUUAACAAGCUACAUUGCUACAAAACUGGAUUUUAGAUAUGGGACAGGAUCAGGUGAAGCUUUAUGACUCUUGAAACCAUCUUCAUCUUGUGUUGAGACUUUGAAGGUGGGAUAUGGUGUACUGUAAUAGGGCAACACUAGUUACAAGAAGAUUUUGUGGGAGGAUGUGCUAUAAGGUGUUCUUGGAGGCACAACAUGCACAGAAUUUGAUUCUGAUUACAUAGAUACAAUGUUUGCAGAAGAGGAAUUUCCUGAGUUUGAUAAGAAGUUGCUGCUGGAAGAUAAUUUAGACCCCCAAAACCAGCAUGAAACUCAUCAGACCAAAUAAGUAAAUAACUUGGUAUCACAGUAAUCUUGUCAUAAGAUGAUCAAAGUGACUGAUGUUGUACAAAUACCUUAAUCAGAUAUCUUUUAGUUGGACAGUUUUGAGAAAGAUUGGCUACCUGCAACUAAACUGUUUGGCUUCUUGAUCUGUCAAUAGGUUUGUUAUUACUUAAUAAUUAAGCCUCGAGAUGCUCUUGUAACUUUGAUUGAAACUUACCUCAUGUAUGGAA